GGAGAGGUUAAGAGAGAGGGCAGCAGAAGAGAGCGAGGUUAGCUGAGAGGGUUAGAGGGAGGGAGAGAGGUCUUAAGACAGAGAGAGGUCGUUCACCAUUCAGAUAAUUUUUCACACUGUCAGGAUGGGCACACAAAGGUCAGAUCUUGACUUGACAUGGGAGCCAUUGGGGGACGGGAUAGAGGACGAGGUGGAGGAUGAGGAGGGCAGGUGUGACGAAGAUGGGGUGUUUUCGUACGGGGGGUACGAGCUGUCGGUGGCCCAGGAGAAAGGAGAGACGAUGCCCAGGAGCCCCGAGACAGACCCAGACAUGGUCAUCAACCUGAAGACCGACAAGGCAGGGAGGCUGGUGUUGGAGACGCUGGAUGACCUCAACAACAUCAUGCUGCUGAGGAAGAGGAAGAGAGAGAGGAAGACUCCUGCCUCGAAGCCCAUCCCUGCCCCUGCUCCGCUGCUGCCCUACUAUGUGAACGAGGAGGACUUCUUCAAGGCCUGUGAGCAUAACCAGCUGCCUGUCAUCGAGAAGUUCCUCAAGGACGGAGGAGACGUCAAUUCCCAGGACAACUUCCAGAGGACCGGUCUCCACAAAGCGUGCUUUCGGGGUCACAUAGAUGUCGCCCGGAGACUGGUGGAGGCUAAAGCUGACGUCCACAUGAGGGACAAGCUGGGCUCGUCAUGUGUCCACGCUGCCUGUAGGGGGGGCUGCCUCUCCGUCCUGGAGCUCCUCCUGGAUAACGGAGCCGCUACCUCCGAUAAAGACAAGAUGGACAGUACACCUCUCCACGUGUCGGUGAGAAUUGGUCAUUACGACUUCGUUGAGCAUUUAAUUCGCUGUGGAGCCGAGAUAAACGCUGUAGACAAGGAAGGAGACAGUCCUCUUCAUGACGCUGUGAGGGUCAAUGGGGUCAAACUGAUAGAGCUGCUGGUUGCCUACGGAGCAGACCAGAGGCUCAUUAACCAGGAAGGACAAUGUCCACUGGACAGUGUCCUGGAGUGGCAGAGCGGAGCCAAGACUCUACUGGCCGAGCCCGGAGCUACGGGCUAAUCUGGCCAUAAUAGUUACUAGCUAAUCUAGCUACACCCCUUCAUAUAUAUAUAUAUAUAUAGGCUUUGAAUAAUAUGACAAGCUAUUACUUUACUUUGCAAAUCAAUUACAAUAUCUAUCAUUGUCUCGGGCAACUUACUUACACAAUGUAGUUAAAUAAGUAGCUUGUCCUGUCAAUAGUUAGUAUUUUAUUUGUAUACAAUGAUUGUGUGCAAUUGUUUCAAUACUGUAGUCUGUUGAAAGAAGGUUGAGUUUCAUGCAGUUGUAAUGUGUAGGCCUGCAUGUAAGUGUGACAUUACAUCAGAAUAAAGAGUUGGAUGAUGAGUAUUUCCAUUCUGUUUUGUAGCAGUAAGUGCUUAUGCAUGUAUUUAGCACUUUUAUUUUGAAGUGUUAUCAGUCUGAAAGAUAAAACUGGCUGUUGGUUGAUAUCAGUACAAAGCAUUAAUGUUUAUUCAGUAGACAAGUUCAGCCCAUAGUCAAUCAUUGAAUGCGGACCAACCAUAACAAAGUUAAGUUAUAGAUAAAUGGUUAAAGAAUAUUACGUUUAUUUCCCUAACACUGUUUGGGCUUGACCAUAAUGUUUAAAUCUCGCGAUACCGGAGUUGAUAUAUGAGUUUAGGUUGGUGUUUGAAGGACGCAGUGAGCGCGGUUUACGCGAGCCGGAGAUUACAAGUUUGCGUCAGUUAGGGCCGAUUUGUUCGUGUCCUACUUUCAAAGUUAAAGUUUCGCGAUUUUAAAAGUAAAUUCAAUUUUUUUUAUCAUAGUUUCUAAUUAACCAUGUUUACAAACCUCUUGUUUAGUAAGUAUAAUCGAGGUAGAGGUUGAUAUGAGCAUAUAUUGAAACCAAUCAAUCGUUACAAUGUACAGCACUCAGCAGGCAUGCUUUACUUUGAAAGUUUUACAGGAAGUGGUGUUAUCACAGCAGGUGACUUGUAAACGUGAUAAACAACAGAAGGACGUUUGAAAGAAGAACAAACCCUGGAAUACUAUUCAAGUAAUACUAUUCAUAAUAUAGUAGUAUUUAACAAAAGGGUCUUCUUCAUCUAACAGACCCAGAUUAUUAUUAUUUAUUAUCUAGAGACGGGCCGGUAGUGUUGAAACGCAGUCUUGGUCGCUUCCUUGUCCGGGAUCUCAAGAUUCGAAGCGGUGUACUGCGGAGCUCCGGAGCCAUGCUGCAUCCCGUACCCCAGAAGAGACGCUGCGAGGCGGCGGCAAACUGGACCAGCGGCCUGGCAAAGCGUGUGUGUGUUGGCCCGGCACUGAUUCCCCAGAGGAUCGACGUUGCCAUGGAAAUUUCCUGGACGCCCCCACCCGCCGCCCCACAACCUGAACAUCAACAAACACACCCCACCAGCAUGACGCAGCCUACGUCUCAAUGCUGCCCCCGCUGCCUGGCCGGGGAACCGGGACAUAUUAACCAUAUCCUGGGACUGACAGCCUGAACAGGAUCUUCAGCGGAGGAAGAGGAGGAAGGAGGAACCGCCAUCUCGUCCUCCGGUGUGUGGAGUGAAAACUCACAGCAAGCCAUAUGGUUAAUACCCAAACAAACCAAUCAUCAAAAUGUGCUUUAAAAGGGAUUGUUAAUAUGUAGAUCCGUACAAUAUACAUAACUAGAACCAUGCUAACCCUCAACUAGCUAGCAGAAGAGAUUGUGUAGAUGCUAACCCACAGCUAGUUUGCCUAAGUAUUGAAUAGCAUAAUAACUAGCUGGUAGACUUGUACUACUUAGCGUAGUACCAAGCUGGUAUCAUGUCACAUACCUGACACAAAUUGUAUACAAUCAAUAUUAUUUGAAUCAAUUUUAUUCCACCGGGCAUAAAAAAGUGUUUCUAGUUUUUGUAAUUGUAUACAUAAUUGUAAAUAAGGCUGUUACUGCAGACUUUAUUUCGGAUUUUCAAUUGAAGAAUUUAUUUUUCUAGAUUUAAUCUUGAUGAUCAAAUAUAUCCUUCCAUUUCGAUGCAGAAUCAUUAAACUGUCAAAACAUCCAGGUGUUAAACCAGUUUGCCGAUCCAGAUGUUGAACAGGUCCACUGUGUACAUAUUCAGACAUUGAACCAGUUCACUUCCAGAUGCUUAACCAGUUGGCUGAUCCAGAUAUUGAAUCAGUUCACUGUGUACGCACAUCCAGAUGUUGAACCAGAUUAAAGGGACUGAAGUCAUCCUCAGCGAUGUCCAGGGAUGUAAAACAUACGCUUCUGAACGACCAUACGACUGAACUCGUGUUUCUGUAACCAGUCAAGCCAAAGAACAUGCUUUGUAAUUAGUAUGACACAUGCUCCAAAGAAGGACCAUUCAAAGGGCAUUACCUUGUGGUUGUGUUGUCAAGAUCUUUAUAGUUUUCUACGUGUAGAAUUUACAGAGUGUAACAUUUGUGAGACAUCAUAUAAUGAUUGAAUUGUUUUGUGUGUGUUUUUGGAAGCAAUGAGCAUUCAAUAAACGUUUUGAUGUGCAUUCUUCUAUGUUGGCUAAUACUUAGUAAAAUAGUUCAUGAGGACAGUACUAAUAGAUCCAUAGGGAUAAACAGUCUACAUCCAAUGUGGGGGAAUGGUUGAAUUGCUCUGGCCUGUUAAUCAAACAAAGUGUGCUACAAAACCUGUGUUUGGCAAGACCACAGUCCAUACGGACAGACCCGCGCUGACCACCAGGUUAACG